AUGGCUUCCCUCCUCGAGCGCAUGAAUGUCCCUGUCGGUGGGCUGGGCCCGGUGAGAACCAAAUCGGGUCAGGGAAACAACAGAAAGUCGUCGCCAUACAACCGACCACCGAAAGGCGAUACCGAUUCUGCCUGGUCUCAUGACAUGUUCGAGCAGCACAACUCGCUCUCUGCCCGCCUGAAUAUCUCGCCAACCGCCCCCAAAGCCAACCUGUCCAACAACAACAUGCUUGGAAAAGCCCUUCAGGCCGCGACGGGCUCUGGUUUGUCUAUCAAAGGCGCCGGCACGGCUUCGCAGGGGAACGUUGUCGAGGUAUCGGGACUCGUGACCGGCACGACUUCAGACGACGUCGUUGCUAUUUUCAAGCGCUGUGGGGAGAUUGUCAAAGCCGCGUCCCUGCCUGGCAAGGAAGUGACAAUUCGCGUAACUUUCAAGAACCCUUCUGGGGCUUCGGCUGCGGUGCAAAAGUUCCACAACCAACCAGCAGAUGGGAAGACACUUUCGGUACGCAUUGUUGGUUCUAAUUCGACAAGCUUGGGUGGUCGAUUGGGCGGGCCAGACGGGCUUGGUUUAGUGCGUGAAGAGGGGAGUGUUGAUGUUCUCAUGGAGUCUGCUGAAAGCGGGUCUAAAAUGCGGUCUGACUCGUUGACGGCUGAUCCACGUGCUCAAGUUCUCGUUGCGCCGCCAGGUGCCAAUCCUAAGGACUAUGUACAGGCGCCUGGUGGUCGUGGUGGCUUCGCGCGAGGUGGUCGUGGUCGUAACAGAGGUAACCGUCACAAAGGCGGCAAGCGCGGCGGGAAGAUGGACGUCGACUGA